CACUGCCACUGCCGGAAAGUGUUGUGUUGUUGCGGAUUCAGCAUGGCAGCCUCCGCUCUGACAGCGACUGGUGGCUCAAUGUUAAGUCGCUUGGCUGGACACCUUUACUUAAGGGUUUUUGCCCCGUCCUCCCAGGUGUCAUGUCUUCACACCAGCACAGCAUUAAACACCAAGAACUGGGAGAGGAAAAAUCGCAUCUUAUACCCCCCUCAGCAGAAGGAUGAGCCCCGCAGACCAGCAGAGGUCCAUCACUGCAGACGACAGAUCAAGUACAGCAAGGACAAGAUGUGGUACCUAGCUAAACUGAUCAGAGGAAUGACUAUCGACCAGGCUCUUGCUCAGCUCGAGUUCAAUGACAAGAAAGGAGCCAAAGUAAUAAAAGAGGUUCUUCUGGAAGCUCAAGAUAUGGCCGUGAGGAGCCACAACGUUGAAUAUAAAUCAAGUUUGUAUGUUGCCGAAUCCUUUUCAGCCAAAGGCAAAUACCUCAAGCGCAUUCGCUACCAUGGCCGAGGCAUGUUUGGCAUCAUGGACAAAGUGCACUGUCAUUACUUUGUGAAGCUUGUGGAGGGCAUGCCUCCCACAGUGGAGCAGAAAACAGCAUUUGACCAGGCCAAGGAGUACGUCCAACAACUGAGGAACCGGACCAUAAUCCACUCUCUCUAACGUCCCAGUCGAGCUGUUUUGUUUGUGUAAAUAGUAACUGAAUAAAGAAUUGUGAGUUAUUAA